AUGAAUGUCUUGUUGAUGCAGUCGAAGGGCAUGGAAGUGUGCAGCAAGUACCGCAAGAGCACGUGCUGCAAUGCCUCGCACUCGCACGCUCUGCGUCUUAAGAUUCGCGAGCCUGUUGUGGCCAAGUUCAGCCGCAAGUGCCAGCGUCUGGCGGAGGAGAUGGCCUGCUCGUCGUGCCACCCGCUCAUGGGCACGUGGCAAAUGAAGAACGUGUGUCCGAGUCUGUGCAACGACUGGUACGACGCCUGCAAGGACGAGUACUACGCUUACGGCGGGUCAGGAACGUUAGCGCCAUGCUACGGCAAUGCGCUGGUGUGCUCGCCGCUCUCGGCCAUCACCAACUCCGGCGCAGACUUCUGCGUUCACAUGGGCUUCCACGUCGGCAGUGAUACGGAUGCUGAAGGCAUCGACUGCUUCGAUGGAUCCGUGCCCGAACAGCUGGGCGAGGCUGAGCCUACCGAGCCUUGGCAUGAGCAGCUGAAGCGCAUGCUGGAGGAGGAAGCCGAGAAUCCGUCGGGUCUGUUCAUUGCAGGCGUCUUCGUCCUCACAACGAUUAUUUUGAUGGGCGGCAGGUUCGCGCGGCAGCUCGGCGACCCGUUUGGCGGCGACCAGCUCAGUCUGAUGGAGGUGCGGCGCUUACAGCAGGAGCGGUACGAGCGUGGCGAGCAAAUGUACGACGACGAGACUGACAGCAGCAGCGACGAAGAGCACGCGCCGCGGUCAACACCCGACGACGCAGAUGACGCGAACGAGGAAAACAGCACUCCUUCGUCAUCAUAA